AUGGCAGAGCAAGAUAAAACCCUUCGAGUUUUGAUUGCUGGAGCAGGCAUCGCGGGUCUUGCGACAGCUAUAUCGCUGACACGGAUCUCAUCUAUAUCGAAUUUGGAUGUCCUGUUGUAUGAGCAAGCCCCGGAGCUCUUGGAGAUCGGUGCUAGUAUUGCGCUCAGUCCAAAUGGAAUGCGCACACUUGAGAAGCUCGGCGUCCACGAUGCUUUGAGCGACGAAGUAGGCUUCCGAGGUCCUAGCGGAAUACCUCAGAUCUUCCGUCAUUGGAAAACAGAUCAAGUGGUGUCGAUAGAUACUCAUGCCAAUGUCCCGGACCCUCGACACCACACAACUCGUUUUCACCGCGGUCAUGUACACUCGGCCUUGCUUGAGCAUGUGCCUCCGGAGAAGAUUCAUCUCAACAAGAAGAUCAAGCGUGCGGAAGCUAGCCAGGAUGGCGUCGCAUUGUAUUUCGAAGACGGGAGCAGUGCCCAUGGCGACAUUCUCAUCGGAGCGGAUGGCAUUCGAUCGAGUGUCAGACAGUCGUUCAUCCCAGAUUACAAACUCCGCUUUAGUGGGAAAGUUUUCAUGAGAGCCACAUUUGAUGCUGCCCUGGUCGAGGGCAAGAUACCAAACUUACCUGCGGAUUCGAUACACUGGUGGGGACCUAAAGACAACUUCUUCGCAUCAAGGCUUGGCAAAAGUCAGUACACCACGGUUGGCGCAUAUGAUGAUCCGCGCUCGUCCGAAGAGCUGGAAAAAGACAUUGCAUGGGAUCAAACCGGCAAUGUUGAGUUCCUGAGAAAGCGAUACCAGGACUGGAACCCAAUCGUGAGAGCCCUUACAGAGCUCACACCCUCAACCAACCUCUACCCCAAUUUCGCUGGUGAUGCCCUUCCAACUUGGGUUUUCGGGUCACGCGUGACACUGGUAGGAGACGCAGCGCACGCGCACGGGGGUGCCUUCGCCGCCGGGGGUUCGCUGGCACUCGAUGACUCCCUCGCUCUUGGUCUUGCGUUUAAACACGUCCUCAAGGGGGCCACGUUCUCAUCCGAGAAUAUCGAAAGCGCAUUGAGGCUGUACAGCCAGACAAGGCAACCUCAUACUGCUCGGUUGUUGCAUAUUGUGCAUGGCCAGAUCAGUAGGAAGCCUGCAGCUUUUGAGUCAAGCGAAGCUGAAGAUGAGGCGCUUGUCGCCAGAUUGAAAGGUCGACCUGAUACAGAAUGGUUGUCCGAGCAUGAUGUUGAGGCUGCGUUUGCCGCUGUUGUUCGGGAGUCGCAUCCGGGGGCGCAGCCUGUGCGUGUUGGGAAGGAACUAUCAGGUGGAGCCGUACAGCAUGGGGAAAGUAAAUUAUAG